CUGAGACUGAGUCACUUCUUCCCAGGCUGUAAAUCCUGGGACAGCUCUGCAAGGCACCGUCACUAGGGACGGACUCAGGCAGCAGAGCCAUGCUCUCGUACCCCAGCCAGCCAGGCUCUCCUGGGAUCUGGGCUGGAAGAGGCUGCUGAGACCAUCAGUCCAAUCCUUGGUCUACAGGUGGGGAAACUGAGGCUCAAGGAAGGUGAGUGAUUUGCCCGAGAUCACACAGUGAGUGCGUAGCCAGGCCAGGAUGGAGACCCAGGUCUCUGGACUCCUGACCCCAUCCUCCCUAAAUCCCAUGUCCCACCCACCUCCCUCAUUUACCUCCAUUUCCCUCUCCCCUCCCCUCCACUGUGUCCCGCUGCUGCACCACUGCCACCUUACUCCAAACUCCAGCAGCCACAGCCUGGGAGGCAGGACACCUGGGUUUUCCACUCCAUACCUGGUCUUGACUAGGAUCUCAGAAUAAGGCCACGAGCUGUCGGGGCCACAGUGUCCCUCUCUGGGCCCCAGGACCCAUCGAGAGGAGAAGAGAAUGAGAUCCCCCGGAGAGAAAGGCAGUAUUAAAACCAGGCGCCCUGCUCCGCACACACACACAGCAUCUGCUCAGCCCCAGCCCUGGGGCCGCACUUUACUUCUGCACCCUCUCCUCAAAGAACACACAUUUUCCACUCAGCUGGGGCCCAGGAAACAAUGAGUGGGUGUCUCGAGGAGGAUGAGUACCCAGGCAAGGCUGAGGACACCCCAUGGAGAAGGAGGGGACACCCCCAGCCUAGUGUCCACAUAGCAUGAGCCCUCACGGGGUCACUUACACCAAGUCAGGACCCACAACACAGGCCCUAUGGGCACACAGACCUGAGUUCAAAUCCUGGGUACCUCUGUGAUGUUGAAUAAAAGACUUACCCUCUCCAACUCCCUGUUUGUCCUGGUCUAAAAUGGAGUUAAUAACCUCCAGGAUGAUGUGGGGAUUGAAUGGGGCAAGGGCAUCAAGUGUUAGUACAGUGUCACCCAGGGACUGCUCAAUCGGUGGAGACCACACCAUCAUCUUCGCACGCUGGCCUACAAGACAGUGCUGGGAUUUUCCCCCCACUAGGUAACUUGCUAUGUCACCCGAGAUAAGUCACUUCCCCUCUGUAGUCUCUGUGUACUGCUUUAUGUAAGGAGAGAGCUGGGCAGUGAGGCCAAGGGUCUUUCCUGGGCUCACAGUCCAAGUCGGAAUGAAUCACAUCAUUUUCAAGUACCCAUGGCAGAAGAGGCAGCCAUCCUCAAGAUCACCAAAGACCUAAGAGCUGGCGUCUCUGCCAUCCUCCAGGGCUAUGGGGAUGGGCAGGGACCAGUGACGGACACCAGUGCCGAGCUGUACAGACUCUGUGGCUGCCUGGAGCUGCUGCUACAGUUUGACCAGAAAGAGCAGAAGAGCUUCCUGGGGCCUCGGAAGGAUUACUGGGACUUUCUCUGCACUGCCCUACGACGGCAGCGGGUGGACAUGGAGCCAAUCCACUUUGUCCGUUCCCAGGACAAGUUGAAGACCCCUCUGGGGAAAGGCCGUGCCUUCAUCCGCUUCUGCCUGGCCCGUGGGCAGCUGGCUGAGGCCCUGCAGCUCUGCCUCCUGAACCCAGAGCUCACCAGGGAAUGGUAUGGACCCCGGAGCCCUCUGCUCUGCCCAGAACGCCAAGAAGACAUCCUGGACUCUCUCUAUGCUCUCAAUGGGGUGGCCUUCGAAUUGGACCUCCAGCAGCCAGACCUGGAUGGAGCCUGGCCCAUGUUCUCAGAGUCACGCUGCUCCAGUUCCACCCAAACCCAGGGAAGGAGACCCAGAAAAACCAAAGAUGCCCCAAAGAAGAUCCCAGCUGCAUAUGGAAGGCCCGAAAAUGUCCAGAUUGAGGACUCACACACCCGUCAAGCUGUCUGUCUGCAAGAUGCACCCAGUGGACAGCAGCUGGCAGGGCUGCCCAGGUCCCAGCAGCAAAGGCAUCUUCCUUUCUUUUUGGAAAAGAAGGGGGGAAAUUCCAGGAGACAUAGGUACCCCCAGAGUAUGUGGGAACCAGAAGAAGAGGAGCUUCAACUAGACCAGGAGGAAGGAACCCCAUGGAUUGGGAUGUUCCUGGGGAACUCAACACCCAGCACCCAGGGACAGGGGAAGGGGGCUAUGGGCACUCAGAAGGAGGUGAUAGGGAUGGAGGCUGAGGGCACAGGGGUUCUGCUGGGUGCAGAGGGUCAGAGAACAACAGAGGAGACUCAUGAAAAGGAACCAGAGUGGAGUCAUGUCCAGAGGCUGCUGAUGCCCAGCCCCAGAGGGACCAUAGCGGGAACAGUAUCGGGGAGCAGGCAGGGAUCGGGGGACUCUAGCAUCCUGGGGGAGCUCUGGGUCCUUCAGGGACUCACAACAAAGGAAGACUCUACCAUGGAGAAUCCACAAGUGCAAACAGAAGUUACCCUUGUGGCCAGAAGGGAGGAGCAAGCCGAGGUGUCCCUGCAGGACGAGAUCAAGAGCCUCAGACUUGGGCUCCGGAAGGCCGAGGAGCAGACCCAGCACCAGGAGCAGCUGCUGAGGAAGCAGGAGGGGGAGUUGCAGGCACUUCGGGAGCAGCUCAGCAGGUGUCAGGAAGAGAGAGCCGAGCUGCAGGCACAGCUGGAGCAGAAGCAACAGGAGGCUGAGAGGCGGGACACCGUGUACCAGGAGGAGCUUGGAGGGCAGCGGGACUUGGUCCAGGCCAUGAAGAGGCGGGUGUUGGAACUGAUCCAAGAGAAGGACCGCCUGUGGCAGAGGCUCCAGCAUCUUUCUUCCAUGGCCCCUGGGUGCUGUGUGGCCUGUAGCAAGAUCUUUGGCCGAUUGUCCCGGCGGUAUCCAUGCAGGCUCUGCGGAGGCCUGCUCUGCCACGCUUGCUCUGCAGAUUACAAGAAGAGAGACCGCUGCUGCCCACCCUGUGCCCAGGGAGGAGAAGCCCAGGUCACCUGACCAAGACCAGCCCACGACUGGCCUCCCACCCGCUUGCCCAUCCCACUCAAUCCACUCCCUGCCCGUAGCUCUUCCCAGCCCUCUUGUUUGUCCAGUCCGAAUUCUAGACACUGGAGACCUAAGGCACCAGCACCUCUGUGGACAGAGUAGGGUGUGGGGAGUGGUUCCAGCCAUGCAGCUACCACAAGGAGCCAGGUGACUUUGGCGAAGCCCUCAGUGCUCAGGGCUUCUUCUCUAACGUUAAGAGUCGGGCCCCAUCCUCUCUAAAGUCCCUCUGGGACCAGCAAAUCCAUGACUAUAGAUAAGACGCCAGCAGCCCUGACAUUUCUCCUCCACACUCCCCACUCACCCAGCACCGGUGCCCACCCUUCCUGAUUCACUAGAAGUGAAGCCUGCACUGUCUUGGGCUCUCCCGCAGCUUCUUGUCUGGAGUCAGCUUCAGGGAUCUGUGUGUGUAUUGCUGUGUUUCUUUUUAUGUUUAACAGUUUUAUUGAAGUACUACUGACACAUGAUAAACAUGACAGAGUGUA